UGUAGGGGGGGAGACGGAGGGUGAUUAAACCGCGAACAUUUUGAUCAGUAACUUUUUUACUUCUAUCACACAUAGUAAUGUGUUAUAGACCAUGUACAUGUACAAAAAAGUAUAUAUAUUUUUUGCUAACCUAGCAACUAUAGUUUGCUUUUAGUUCACUAAACGAGAGUUGGUUAGCGAUAUGUUACAUGGUUAUUUUAAUUACAGUAUAAUACUGGCAGCACUCAAAUGAAUUGUGUUUUUGGAAGUAAGGUGGAACGUUUUAAGAGGGAGAAGAAAUGGACCGAUUUCUGAAGAGGAAUGUAAUCACUAGCUACGGCAGCCAAGCAUCUCUCAAAAAGUAGCAUAAUUGCUACGUAUCCUAGUUUAGCUAAAAGUAACAACUUGUGCGCCACGUUUUAUAAUUCAUCGCUGGAGACCAGUCUAGCUACGUUGCUAGCUUGCCAAGCUUGACGUGGUUCGAUGGCUGUGACCUCCCAGUAACACCGCUCACUGCCCAUCCCGCCGUCUCCUGAAAUGAGCAGCCCCUCUCCGCCGCCCCCUGAGGGGACCGCCCCCGGUGUGGCUGAGGUGGACACGUGCCAGCUGCCGAUGGACAGGAAGUACGACAUCGUGCCCACGCUCAUCUGCUCCACCUGCUGCCUGUUCGGCAUCGUCUACUGCUUCUUCGGGUACCGGUGCUUCAAGGCGGUGAUGUUCCUGUCGGGGCUGCUGUUGGGCUCGGCGGUCAUCUUCCUGCUGUGCUAUAAGGAGCGGGUGCUGGACGUGCCCCUGAGCCUGGAGGCCAGCGCGGGCAUCGGGCUGGGCGUGGGGGCGCUGUGCGGCCUGGUCACCAUGCUGGUGCGCAGCGUGGGGCUGUUCCUGACCGGCCUGCAGCUGGGCCUGCUGCUCGCCCUCGCCGCCCUGCUGGCCGCCAGCCCGUACUACAGCCCGGACAGCGUGUGGGUGCCCCUGGGCGCCCUGCUGGGGGCGGGAACGGUGUGCGCCGUCCUGGCCCUGCACUGGCAGCGCCUCUUCACCGUGCUCUCCACCGCCGCCUUCGGGGCGGCCAUUUUGACGGCCUGCGCUGACUACUUUGUGGAGGCGCUGGCCCUGGGCGUGCACCUGUACGAUAGGAUGCGGCUCGCGCCCGUGGCGCCACUCUGCUGGCAGGGAUGGGUCAUCGUGGGCGUCUGGCCCGCUCUCGGCCUGCUGGGCGUCUUUGUGCAGUGGAAGCUGACAGGAGAGGGGUACUCCCACACUGAGGUCAUCGUGAGCCGGCGGCAGAAGCGUGUGCAGCUGAUGAGGAUCCGUCAGAGGGACGCUAAGAAGCGGCAGCAGGGCGGCGGACAGGAGGGCGUCUACCGCCGCAAGCCCACGCCCAUCAAGCGCUACGCCGGAGACGUGCUGGCGCCGAGCUACCUGCAGAGUCUGAGAGAUCGGCAGAUGGGCACGGGCACCUCGCUGAGCAGUCUGGGCACCGCCAACCACACCCUGGUGGACUUUGACUUUGAGACGGGCUCCACGGCCCCCCUCACAGCCACCACCCCCGUCAUCAGGGUCUGAGAGAGGAGUUUCCCCCUUCCCAAAAAAGCCUCCUGGAAACUCCUCUCAUUUCAUCCCCAGCUAGGCUUAAGAGCGUAAGAAUACGCAAUAACCUUAUCAUUUACCUACAGGCUAGGAGGUUGCCAACCAAGCCUGGACUUGAGUGCCUGUAGGGUCUUUAUCUGGAAUGCGUUCCACACCAAGCCGUCCUGUGACCGCCCAGCUCAGCCAGUCAAUCAGGCCAGCCCCACGGUGCGGUGACCCCUCCCCCUCUCCCCGGAGCAGCUGGGAGACACCAAGCGCAUUCCGAGGGGCGAAGGGCUGGUGCUUUACGGAGGAGAGAAUCCCAAAAAUGUGCUGCUCUAGGAGGAGCCAUGGACAUGCGUGCACGAAUGCCGCUUCCUUUUUGACACAGAUAUAUAAGCGUGUGAAGUUAAAUGUCCUUUACCUACGCUCAGAGACGCGCAACCAUUUCCUGUGUGUGACCUGCUCUGCCCGUGUGCUGUGAGGACAAACCCAAGAAAAUCCUCAAAGUUCGCCUCAGUGCCGAUCCACUCCCCAGAUCUGUGGAAUGCACACCCUGUUCCCUGUCGGUCAAUGCGGACGUACAGUGCCGUUAAAGACCAGUUUCUGCCUCUGCAGACGACUGCAUUUGGGGCCACAAGAAUUUGGUGCUUUCAGUGGAAUCGGGAGACCUGUGGUUGGCUGCAGAUAAGACCAAUAUUCAGUAGAUGAGUACAGUCAAUAUAGAUGUAAAGACUUGACCACAUCGCACUUAUGGAGACUUUGGACCAUAAUGACCUGAUAAAUGAGUAGAUGCUGUACUUUAGUACUGUGGUCAGGUUUGCAUCUGUUUUGUAGGAUUUAGUGCCUUUUCACUUUUAGCACUAGGGCUCACUGAAAAUUAUAGCUAGCAAACGGUCAAUGCUAAUUGACAACUCAAUGUAAUUACACAUUAGAAAAAAGUUAUUGGGAUGUGACUAUGAAUGUUCGUGGGGGGAGGGGUUAUCUAUGUAAAACUUGUUGAAUGUGUUAAAAAUCUCGGAGGGCUCAUCCCAAUCGCUUAUUUUUCUAAUCUCUUCUUUUUCUUUCUCUUUUAUCUACUGGCAAGAAAAAUAAAUGAAGACGGGGAAAUCGAGAGAAGGUGAAUUAGGCAAAUGGAAUGACCUUGCUCCUUUAGACAUCAGUUUGAAGCCACGUCAGUUACAGACGUGGCACACUGGGAGAGAAGGAUCCACAGGUUGAUCAUUUAUAUGUCAGGCUUUCCUGAAAAAUACUUCCACAAAGGAUGCGCCAAUAUUUUUUUGCACAAAGGAAAGAUUGAGACUUAUAACGGCUAGAAGGAACAUUUAAUGGGUUGGAAUGUCCUUAAAGAUGUCGAACCUCGACCAAUUUCCGGGUCAGGAGCAAGGAAAAGAAAGAAAGAGGAGAAAAAUUAGCAAUUGGAAUGAGCCCUCUGUUUCUGUAUCACAAAGACUAAUACCCAAGAAGAAUUCAGACAAAGAAUUCAGACUAAUAGCCAACAGGGUAUUAUCUUGCCUGUGAGAUGAGUUAAGUUACAGUUGUUCAGCAUUUUUCUUUUAUAUUUUGAAGCUGUGGUAUGACUAAACAAAAAUGGCACACAGAUAAUGUGUAUAGAUAAACUAUUAAAUGACAAGAAGUA